AAAGAGAGGAGCACAGGACAACAGAUUAGUGCAGUGGUUGAAUGAAGUAACUCAGCACCAAAACAACAGCAAAAGGAUGCAUUCCUUUAUUCUUGUCGCCUUGCUCGCGGGCUCUGCUCUGCUGGCUUCAGCUGCUGUGAUCCCACCUUUCUCCUACAGUGACUAUGCAGGGUCAAAUUCAGGCAUCCACUUCACUCUUGAUGGAGAACCAGAUCAGCGCCUCACCUCCAUCCGGAUUUGGGACAACAAUGGGGCAUAUAUAAACGGAAUACAGUUCAGCUUUGGUAAAAUCUGGGGAGAUCGGAUUGGAUAUCCCAAUGGCAGAAUCCUGGAGAUAGAUUUGGACACUGAUAACAAUGAGGCCAUUAUCCAGAUCUCAGGGAAGUACAGCCGCUAUUUAAACUGGCUGGUGUUUGUGACCAACAAGGGGCGUUUCUUUUACGCUGGGACACCCUCAGGCAUCAGCUUUAACAUGUACCCAGGAUAUCCAGGGAUGGAGCUCCGUGCCAUCAGUGGGACCCUCCAUGGAGCUUUGACUGGGAUAGCUGUUCACUGGGCUAUGCCCCCUCCCCCCUCCUCAGACAGUAACGAGCACUGAGCAUGAGUUUAAUGUAUCUUAAUGUUGUGUUAUAAUUAUGCAUGCACUGAUCAUCUGAAUAGGACUCGUAUUAUGUGAUUUUUCUUUCUGUAAUCAUGUUAGACUAUUUUCUGAUCUACAUAUGUUAUGUUGUUUCCUGAUCACGAACAUAUCUGGAG